AUGGGCCGUGUUGGUAUUGUUGGCCAUCGUGAGAAGCAUCCGGGAUCAUUCGAUAUUGUGCACGUGAAAGAUGCUGUAGGACACAGUUUUGCAACUCGGUAA